AAUUAAAGUUACGAAAAGAUGCUGACAACUUUAAAAAUCACCCCUAAAGAAUGUGUCACUGAGUUUGGCAAGGACAAAUUUCACGUUGAUGGUAAUAUGCUGUUCUGUACUGGAUGCAACAAGGCUGUAGAUCAUUUGAAGGCAGACAAUUGUAGAACACAUGGAAAGCACUAAACAUAAACUGAAUGAAAAGAAAUUAAAGCAAGAGGCUGAAACAGCAGGCCCAUCGACUCCAGUAAAGAAACAAUGCACUGUGACUGGAUAAUUCUAGCAUUUUACAACAGCAUGAAACUGUCACUUUCAGAUUUGUUUGAAUGUGUGUAAAAGACAUUCCUCUGCAUAAAAUUGAUUUAGCCGUUGUCAGAGAUUUUUUGAGGAAACAUUGAGAGGUAAUGCCAGUCCCAAAUCAGAUCAAUUGUAUUCCCAUUAUUUACCAACUCUCUUUGAAGAGGACACACAGCACCUUCUCAGUGACCUGAAAGGAAACUCGAUUGCCGUGAUCAUCGACAAAACAACUGAGUUAAUUUCAUGGCUGGAGCAUCUUACGUCAUCAACUGAUAAUGCGAAUGGAUCUGCAGCUGCUCAAAGUGCUGCUGAUAAACUGAGACAGUACAACCUAAAAAAAUAAACCAGCAGUUGAUUUUCUCCAUGUUGUUCAUGCACUAGAUCCUAAACAAAUAGUUGCUGCUUGUACAGGUUAUGAAAGUGAAACCGCAGUUAGAGCUGUCCGAAGAAUGCAACAUGGAAUGGCUAGUGUAUUUAGGGAUUGCCAAAGACGCAUUUGGAAAUGUUGAGGAUCCCAUUUACUGAUGGGUGGCUGUUGAAGAUCACAUUCCCAACCUGGCAAAACAUGCAGUGGUUCUCCUCCAACUUGACUGUAGAUUCAGCUGACGUGGAAAGAAGUUUCAGCCAACUUGGGGUUCUUUUUUGUGCUCAGCACCAAUGUCUGAAAGACGAAAAUGUGGCUGGAAUGCUGCAACUCUAUUUUAACAACCAGGACUAACUCAUAAAUGUCUGAGCAACACACCUCCACUAACAGAAUACUUCCUAAAUGACAAAUAUCAGGACGAGCUAAAUUUUGACAAUCCUUUAGGAAUGCGAGGUGAAAUAGCAAAAGCUUAUGCAGAGCUCAUCAAGCAAAUAUGGUCAGGAAAAUACAGCUACGUCACACCAAGAGCAUUUAAGACACAAGUGGGACGAUUUGCACCUCAGUUUUCUGGAUAUCAGCAACAAGACUGUCAAGAACUUCUAGCUUUUCUUUUAGAUGGUUUACAUGAAGAUUUGAAUCGGAUUAGGAAAAAGCCUUAUAUUCAAUUAAAGGAUGCAGAUGGAAGGCCAGACAAGGUGGUUGCUGAGGAAGCCUGGGAGAACCAUUUAAAAAGAAAUGAUUCCAUCAUUGUAGAUAUAUUUCAUGGUCUUUUUAAAUCCACCCUUGUUUGCCCUGAAUGUGCAAAGAUUUCUGUAACCUUUGAUCCCUUUUGUUACUUGACACUUCCAUUACCCAUGAAAAAAGAACGCACUUUGGAAGUUUAUUUAGUUAGAAUGGAUCCACUUACUAAACCUAUGCAGUACAAAGUAGUAGUUCCGAAAAUUGGAAAUAUACUGGACCUUUGCACAGCACUGUCAACUUUGUCUGGUGUUGCUGCAGAUAAGAUGAUAGUUACUGAUAUAUACAAUCAUAGGUUCCACAGAAUAUUUGCUAUGGAUGAAAAUUUGAGUAGUAUUAUGGAACGCGAUGACAUCUAUGUAUUUGAAAUCGCUAUCAACAGAACAGAGGAUACAGAGCAAGUCAUAAUUCCUGUUUGUUUAAGGGAAAAGUAUAGACAUACCAGUUACAGCCACCAUAGUGGUUCUUCGUUGUUUGGUCAGCCUUUUCUUAUAACAGUGCCUAGAAACAAUACUGAAGAUAAACUGUAUAACCUUCUGCUGUUGAGAAUGUGCCGAUAUGUGAAAACAUGUACUGAAAGUGAAGACACUGAAGGAUCCCUACACUGCUGUAAGGACCAUGGUAUCAAUGGUAAUGGCCCGAAUGGAAUACAUGAAGAAGGAUCCCCAAGUGAAAUGGAGACAGAUGAACAAGAUGAUGAAUCCAGCCAGGAUCAGGAACUUCCUUCGGAGAAUGAAAACAGCCAAUCAGAAGACUCAGUUGGAGGAGACAAUGAUUCUGAAAAUGGAUUGUGUACUGAGGAAACUUGCAAAGGUCAACUACUCAUGGGACACAAAAAACGAUUGUUUACAUUCCAGUUCAACAAUUUAGGCAGUACUGACAUCAACUAUAUCAAAGAUGAUACCAGACAUAUUAGAUUUGAUGAUAGGCAACUCAGGCUUGAUGAAAGAUCUUUUCUUGCUUUGGAUUGGGAUCCUGAAAUGAAAAAAAGAUACUUUGAUGAUAAUGCAGCAGAGGAUUUUGAAAAACAUGAAAGUGUGGAAUAUAAACCUCCAAAAAAGCCUUUUGUGAAAUUAAAAGAUUGCAUUGAACUGUUUACAACAAAGGAGAAACUAGGUGCUGAAGAUCCAUGGUAUUGUCCAAACUGUAAAGAACAUCAGCAAGCAACCAAAAAGUUAGAUUUGUGGUCACUGCCCCCAGUACUGGUAGUACAUCUAAAGCGCUUUUCUUACAGCAGAUAUAUGAGGGACAAGCUGGAUACAUUGGUUGAUUUUCCAAUAAAUGACUUGGAUAUGUCAGAGUUCCUCAUUAAUCCAAAUGCAGGGCCUUGCCGCUAUAAUUUGAUUGCUGUGUCCAACCACUAUGGAGGAAUGGGAGGAGGGCAUUAUACUGCUUUUGCAAAAAAUAAAGAUGAUGGAAAAUGGUACUACUUUGAUGACAGUAGUGUAUCAACUGCAUCUGAGGACCAAAUAGUGUCCAAAGCAGCAUAUGUGCUCUUCUACCAGAGACAGGACACUAUCAGCGGAACUGGGUUUUUCCCUCUUGAUCGGGAAACUAAACAAGGUGCUUCAGCUGCCACAGGCAUCCCGUUAGAGAGUGAUGAAGACAGCAAUGAGAAUGAUAUAGAAAAUGAAAAUUGUAUGCACACUAACUAAUAGAAGACCUAGAAGCCAUAAAAAGAAAGACUUUCUCAUUGGAGAUAUCUAUAGAAAGAAUGAAAUUGCCCACCAAAUUAAAAAUAAAAUCUGAGAUGGGGAAUUUCAGAUAACAGAAUGUAAAUCCUUUAUUGCAUUUUAACAUGUGCAGUACUUGAAGUGAAACACAAUGAAAACUUUAACAGAAAUUGUCUCUAAUACAUUUACAGUCUUGUAUUCACAAGCUAUCUAUAGGAUAUCACAAAUAAACCCCUUUUAAGUUUUCUGCUGCUGUUUUGAUGAAUUAUGUUUUCUUCAUUUGGGAUGUGAGUUAAUAACUAAAAUGUUAAAUUUGUGGACUUUGGUCAUUUAUUUUCUUAGUAUUACGAGAAUACUACGGUGGAGAGCCUAGUUUUUGGAUGAUUUUAUUCAUGUAUAUUAGGCUGUCACAUGUACUACUAUUAUUUAGCUAGUACAUGUGGCAUAAAUAUGAGAAGUAGUAUUCCUGAAACACCAAAUUUUCAAGUUUCUCCCUAGAAAUUAAUGUUGACCAAUUGUAAACUCAAUCAUGAUAGAAGAAAAUAUCUUGAAAAGGUGUUUUAACCUUUUGUGGAAUAGUUAAACAUCCAGAAUAUUAUGUUCAUCUUACUGCUGCUGUGGAACAGGUUCUGGAUUUCAUGCUGAAUUAACAAACAUUUUUCAAUUAAAUGUAAGUAUCCCUUGUUCCUUGUUGGAUCUACUAGGUUGACAUUAUAAUUCCUGUUAUCUUGCUUAUAAGACAUGCAUAACUUUAAUCUGGUGUCACUCCAAAAUUUAAAAUUGUGCUGUAAGUUCCCCGCCCAUGUGGGUAGUUUGGCAGCUUUCAAACUACUUUGUAAUAGGGACAAAUUUAAUAGUAUUCUGUAUCCAUAGUAAUGACUGUGCGUCAGGCUUAGAUAAAAGAAUUUUUUCCACAUAACUUGCCUUUAAAUUGUUAAUGAACAAUUGGUUUUAAAGGUAGGUCUGUUAAUUUUCUUUGUGUGUUCCUGAUGGAAUUCACCAUAGCCUUACAGCUUUUCUCAAAAGGUAACUUAUUAUAGGAGAAUUGACAUUUGCAUGUUCAAGAGUCAGAACCUGUACAGUAUAUAAAGCAUACAAACCUUGAAUUGGAUUUUAGUUAACCAUGUUCAAGGGUCCAGGAUGCCAAAAAUAAGUGUGACAGUUUGAAACAUUUUUAAUUUGCUGCUUUCCCUUUGAUCUAGUUGGACAAAUGUAUUGUUGAUUUGUAUACAAUACUGCCUUCGAUAGGCGCUCUUAAGUGUGGGAGCACACUUCACAUAUCUACUACCUGAAAAAUUGCUUUGUGUCCCACUGUUAUGAAAAGCAAAAAGUAUGAUGUUCUUCACUUGAACUAAUCGAAUACAAUAGGUUAUAAAUUGUGUAUUGUAAAUAAAAGUUCACUCUGUGAGUGCACAUUUUGGUAAAUUAUUUAUUUAUGUUAGCAUUAAAAAGUUUAAAAAAAUUGCAUUUGACCAGGAUAUAAAUGAGGUAUGUUGGACAUGGCUUUGCAUUAUACCUUGAUAUUAAAGCUGGUGUUUCAUCCUGGUAUUUUAAAGCUGCUUUCUGAGUUUUUUUUAAUGUAAACUAACCUCCUGCAUGACAGAGGUUAAAAUUUUGUCUGCACUUGAGUUCACUUGGGUUUACAUUUCAAUUGCGCAUGUUUAUUUAUACAGAUUUCAAUAAAGCUAUUCAAGGCCUUA